AUGUCUGCUUCGGCCUCCCAAUUUCAACAGCUGGAGAAACUAGGAGAGGGCACAUACGCCACGGUCUUCAAGGGACGUAACCGUGCGCUGGGCACGUUUGUGGCGCUCAAAGAAAUCAACCUGGACAGCGAAGAAGGGACGCCAUCUACAGCUAUAAGAGAGAUUUCCAUCAUGAAAGAAUUGAGACACGAAAAUAUUAUCACCCUAUACGACGUGAUCCACACGGAAAACAAGCUGACCCUGGUGUUUGAGUACCUCGAUAAGGAUCUGAAAAAAUACAUGGACACCAACGGCUACAACAAGAGUGGGGCCUUGGAGCCUCAUGUGGUCAAGUCCUUCAUGUUCCAGCUGCUUCGAGGCAUCAUGUUCUGUCACGACAACAGGGUGCUUCACCGCGACUUGAAGCCUCAAAACCUUCUUAUCAGCAGCAAGGGCGAACUGAAGCUGGGCGAUUUUGGUCUGGCCAGAGCUUAUGGCAUUCCAGUCAACACCUUCUCCAACGAGGUUGUCACUCUGUGGUACCGCGCCCCAGACGUGUUACUGGGGUCUCGCAGUUACUCCACCUCGAUCGAUAUGUGGUCCGCAGGGUGCAUCAUGGCAGAAAUGUUUACUGGUAAACCGCUUUUCCCUGGCUCCUCCAACGAAGACCAACUGCUCAAGAUCUUCAGAGUCAUGGGCACACCAAAUGAGAGAACAUGGCCGGGUGUCACCAGCUAUCCGAACUAUAGAUCCAACUUCAGCGUUUUCAUCCCUCAAGACUUGCACACCCUGAUUCCCAAUAUGGACAAUCUCGCAUUGAAUCUGUUGCAAGCAGCCACAGCAGCAGUAUAA